GCAAGUGGCUGUUCGGAGGUAAUUGCCAAUUUGCCAUUAUCCAAAAAAGAGAAGUGGACCCACAAAAUAACUAUAUAACUGCUCUACGGUACUCCUUGAGUCACUACUCACUAGAUGAUCAUCAGACAAAGAGAGCGACUCUGAGUUUUGACUGAGGUGUGAACGAGUGUUUCUCGGAGUUCUUCUUCAUCCGUCGUCGGCAUCUGACUUCAAAAGAAGGAAAAAGGGCAAAGGACACAUGUCGGGAACCCAUCUCUCGCCAUACCCUCCUCUCUUUCGUCACUCAGAUGAUUCUCUUCAACCGACACUGGACUCGGAUCUUCUCCCACAAAUUGAUUUCCAUCUUCUGGAUCUCGACAAACUUACAGAAGUUUGUAGAGAUUGGGGCGUCUUUCGGUUGGUCAACCAUGGAAUCCCCGCCGAUCUCUCAAACCGAUUGCAAGACCAAGCAAAGAAACUUUUCUCUCUCCCCGUCGAAUCCAAACAAGCCCUGUUCAAUAGCCCUCCCAUGGCUUACUUUUGGGGCACCCCUGCCCUUACUCCUAGUGGGGUGGCUAUCACACAAAGCGCCCAAAACCUCUACCAGCUCGAAGGGCUCUUUGUGCUUUUGAAUCAGCUACCGCAACUUCAAGGAGAUGAUCCCACUUUGAGAUCUUUCAGGUUGCUACUAGAGGAAUACGGGCAACACAUGGCCCGACUAGCCAGGAGCAUAUUCAAUGUUGUAAUGAGGAACCUCGGCUUGGACCCUUCAUUGUCCGAAACUUACUUGUCGGAAUCUACAGGAGUAGUACGACUCUACCGCUACACACAUUGCCGGGAUGCAAACCAAAUAUCCGGCAUGGAAGCCCACACCGAUAGCUCCGUCCUUUCCAUAUUGAAUGAGGAUGAGGUGGGAGGUUUAGAAGUGUACAAAGACGACAGAUGGAUCCAAGUUAGACCCAUCACCAACACGCUUAUUGUCAACCUGGGCGACAUGAUGCAGGCUAUGAGCAAUGAUGAAUACAAGAGUGUGAAACAUAGAGUGCUAGUGAAGAAAGGGGAGGACAGGAUGUCGAUCUGCUAUUUUGUGUUCCCAAUGGACGAUGGAGUGAUUCAGAGCACAAAUUACAGGCCGUUUACUUACAAGAUGUUCCGAACCCAGGUUCAGGAAGACAUAAAGGCCACCGGUUCCAAGGUUGGGCUCCAACGAUUCAUGCAUACGGAGCCUCAAAUAAGGAGUUCAGCCCCCACCCCCAACCCUGGGGCCCAACGUUAAAAACUUUAUACUGUUGUUUUUUGUAACAAAGGUUCGGAUAUCGGAUGCAACGGGAAUCGAACCCGGGUCUGUACCGUGGCAGGGUACUAUUCUACCACUAGACCACUGGUGCUUGUUGAAUUUCAAUAUGCAUAGAAUUUUACAAGAAGUUACUUUGCUCUUGGAGAGUGAACCAGCUACUAAGCCAUCAUUCAACUCAGUAGGCCAGGCCCAUAAGACUGACUACCAAUUCUAACGAAUCCAUGGGUAAACCAAUAGCAAUCAAAUUCAAAUUGGCAUAUGGUAUCAACAGAAAAACGAAUGACAAUCAAGAGACCAGAUGAUUGAGACUUGAGACCCGAGACAUCCCAAUCUCCUUCCCAGGUGGGACCGUGGGAGGGAUCGAUUGAAAAGAGAGGAAGAACAUUAGAUCAAAACAUGACUCCCUAUGGUUGUACUUGUACAUUAGCUUCUCCACCAUUUCCAUCUCAACACAAACAACAGAACAAAUACAAGCCGAUACAGCCGAUCAAAAGAUAAUAGAAAGUAAUGAAAUAAUUACUUUUU